UUCAUAUCAUCAUCAAAGCUCCGAAACACACACAGCCAAAAGCUCUGAGUCUGAAGCUUUUUGGGUACUCUCGAAAAUGGCGAUAACACUCAACAAUGGCUUCAAGAUGCCGAUGAUCGGCCUCGGCGUCUGGCGUAUGGAUGGCAAAGACAUCAAAUCCCUCCUUUUCAACGCUCUCAAGUUGGGGUACCGCCACUUCGACUGUGCUGCUGAUUACAAGAAUGAACCAGAAGUUGGUGAGGCACUUGCAGAAGCAUUUCAGACAGGGCUUGUUAAGAGGGAGGACCUUUUCAUUACUACCAAGCUUUGGAAUUCGGAUCAUGGACAUGUUGUUGAAGCCUGUAAAGACAGUUUGAAGAAGCUUCAGCUAGGUUAUUUGGAUCUAUACCUCGUUCACUUCCCUAUAGCCACGAGGCAUACUGGAGUUGGUACAACUGACAGUGCUUUGGGUGAUGAUGGUGUGCUGGACAUAGACACAACGAUAACCUUGGAAACUACCUGGCAUGCUAUGGAAAGCCUGGUUUCAAUGGGUUUGGUUCGCAGCGUAGGGAUCAGCAACUACAACAUCUUCUUAACUAGAGAUUGCUUGGCUUAUUCCAAAGUGAAGCCUGCUGUGAACCAGAUUGAAACACACCCCUACUUCCAGCGUGAUUCGCUUGUCAAAUUCUGUCAAAAGCAUGGUAUCUGUGUCACAGCCCACACACCUCUAGGAGGCGCUGUGGCUAACACCGAAUUGUUUGGUACUGUAUCAUGUUUGGAUGAUCCCGUUCUCAAAGGUCUAGCGGAGAAAUACAAAAAGACUGUGGCCCAGAUUGUUCUGCGCUGGGGUAUCCAACGGGGUACUGUUGUCAUUCCAAAGUCAUCAAAAAUCGAGAGAUUGAAGGAGAAUAUCCAAGUGCUUGACUUCGAGUUGACCAAGGAGGACAUGGACCUGAUCAAAAGCAUUGACAGGAACUAUCGGACUAAUCAACCUGCGAAAUUUUGGGGCAUUGAUGUAUAUGCAUAACUAUGGCAAUUGUGAGUGAGUGAUUCGUUUCAUGUUAUGCUGAAGAAUAAAAUGUGAAGAAACGGUGAUUUUCAGAAGUUGGUUAGAUCUAUCAAUGAUUCUAUACAUAGAACACAUUUAAAACUUAUGACGAAACUGAUCCACCACCCUGAAAUUACAUGCCGGUGGAACCAUGUGGUGGAUUGAACUUUGGACAAUUAAAGCCACUUUGGAUGCUAGAUGUCAUCAUGCAAUGCUUGUUAAAACUAGUUAUGAGAUGCUUGUGUAUUGUUUUGUUCGGUUCUGGCUUC